AUGAAACUGCUCACCCACAAUCUACUGAGCUCGCACGUGCCCAGGGUGGGGCCCCGUGGCUUCCCCCUGCGCCUCCAGGCCACAGAGGUCCGCAUCUGCCCCGUGGAGUUCAACCCACAAUUCGUGGCGCGUAUGAUACCCAAGGUGGAGUGGGCGGCAUUCCUGGAGGAGGAGGAUAACUUGUGCCUGAUCCAGGUGCCUAAAGGGCCGGCUGAGGGGUAUGAGGAGAAUGAAGAGUUUCUGAGGACCAUGCACCACCUGUUGCUGGAGGUGGAAGUGGUGGAGGGCACCCUGCAGUGCCCGGAGUCGACAUAUGUUCCCUAUCAGCCGCGGGAUCCCCAACAUGCUGCUGAGUGA